AUGUCUGCGUUGAACAUGGACAUCAACGACCCCUAUCCCGGGCUAGACCUAGGGGACUACCGCACCCUCUCCACCACCUUUUUAACAGGGGUCAUCGAAGGCUUCCUCGACGGAAUCUUCCUCGUACUGUGCUUGACUGCACUAUACCUCUUAAUUCACCGCUCCCCCAACCGUCCCCUCUCCUCACGGAAACACAACCGGGCAAGGUGGAUGCUGGAAACGUUGGCGAUGCCAAUGGUCUCAGGGAGCGUGUUACUCCUCUUGUUAAUCGGUGCACACUGGUUGUGCACAUCAGCCAGGAUGCUCGUCGCCAUUUCUCUCAUUAGCUCCAAGACGUCCCCAGUGGACUUUCUGAACGAUGGAUCACACCCUUUGAUCACCGCCAAGUCCUUUCUUCUGGUCAUCUCGGUCGCUCUAACGGAUUCUCUGCUCAUAUGGCGCCUCUGGAUCGUCUCAGCACGGAACCGAUGGGUCGUCAUCUUCCCUCUCUGCUCGUGCAUAAUGUUCCUCACCCUGGGCCUCCGAGUAAGCGCCUGGUUCGCCAAAUACAACAUGGAAGAGCAAGUGUCUAUCCACUCAAGUGCCAUAUCUACCUGGGUCCAGGUAGCCAGCGUCGCAACGAUAUGGUAUGGACCUGUCGUUCCUCCUACCGCCCAUUUUUCCAUGUUGACGUUGUUCGGCUCCCCGUGUCUAGUAUACUUCAUAGCCGGUCUGAUGAUCUUCAUCCACAAAAUCCAGUCGAGGACGAUCUUCGGCGAUAAACGGAAGUUCAAGGCGGUCCUCGUCAUUAUCGUCGAAAGCGCCGCAAUGUGGAGCGCAUGGAGCAUCUUCGUCCUCAUCAACUACUACCACCAAAACUUCCUCAGCCUCCUCACCUUCAGCUGCUGCCCCGCCAUGGCCGGAAUCUCCUUCAUGCUCAUCAACGUCCGCGUCGGACUCGGAUGGGACACCGCACCCGACAGCAUCCCCAUCGAACACAACGAGCACAUCUCUGGCAAUAUUAAUCGAGGCUCUGGAUACGCAUUUGGAGGAGCGGACGCUGGAUAUGGAAUUGGCGGUAUCGCGAUCCUGGGCGGGUUGCCAACGUUCAGAGUGGACAUGAGCGGAAGCCAGAGUUCGUCGUUUGGCUCGGUUGAUAUCUACGAUGGGAGGACCUCGCUCAAGGAGAAGGAAGGUGGAUGUGAUAGAGAGAGCCUGAAAUCCUUAGGAAAUCGACCGAGGAUGGAGGUUAAUACCAGGGCGGGGAUUACUCCUACUCACGGGCUAUACGAUCGUCCUCAGGUUGCUGAAGACUUGGAGCGACUUGGAAGUCCAGGGUAUUCUACUCCCGAUCUCCCAAGAGCAACGCCUCACUCCCCUGAUACACCGACCAGCGACGUGCUCAGAUCGCCUCUAUCAACCUCCUCCACCAUCGUGUUCAAAUCCCCGGAAACACCGACGAGCAGCGUGUACAAGACACCCUUCUCACCGUCCAGCACGGGGUGCAAGUCUCCUUCGUCUCCAGCGACUGCAGUGAUCAAGUCACCCGACACGCCGACCAGUACCGCGGUCAAAUUGCCCGGAACACCUCCAAGAAGCGUGUUAAAACUUUCCUCCGGUACCAGCACGCCGCCAGGGAGCUCGCCCAGGUCCCCGCUCUCACCGUCCAUGAGCAGACCUAACUGCAGCUCUCCCGGACCAUCACCAUCCACUGGCAGAGCUCUGGCGCAGCUGCAGUCCCCAGGGACGCCCACAAGUAGCAUCCUCAAUGCUCAAAGGCCAGGAACACCAACGAGCAGCAUACUCAAAUCCCCGCUCUCAUUCUCGAGUAGCUUUGUCAAGUCACCCACGACACCGACAAGUGCAUGGUUCAACUUUGAGGAUGAGAGGAAGAGACCUUGGCGGUCAUGA